AUGUACACAAAUACCCAAGGUCUACUCAGCAAAUUAGCAGAAUUAAGACUUCGACACGCGUCUGCAGCUUGGGACCUCAUCGCUGUCACCGAAAUGUGGUUGCACUGCGAGAUAACGGAUGUUGAGAUUGCACUAACGGGCGUGUCCGUUGUCCGGAAUGAUCGAACCAGUAAAAGUGGUGGGGUGGCCCUUUAUUUUCGUAACAACAUGCAAUGCGAACGCAUAAACGAUUCGGAAACCGAGGUACCUGACGCCAUUUGGUGUAAUUUCCGGCUGAAAGGGAACGAUGUUGGCCUAUUGGUUGUUGUUUACUGCCCACCAUCGUCUACUCCUGAGAUGGACUGCAAUUUGAUGGCUGCGUUGAGUCAAGUGAUAAAGAGGAAGUGCAGUCACAUUCUAAUCACCGGUGACUUCAACUUACAUGCCCUCGAAUCCCAGGCCACACCAGGAGAGCAAUUCAAAGCAGAGUUGCAAGAUCUGGUUUCAGACUACCCUCUUUAUGGCCACGUCACUACGCCCACCAGAUUCAGGGGAACUGACAGCCAAUCCAUUUUGGACCGAAUAUUCACCAAUGAAGAACUGAUGGUCGAGAGAGUGAUAACAGAUACUCCUUUGGGCCGCAGUGAUCAUGUGACGCUAUUGUUUCAUUACAUGUGCUACGCGGAUUACCCUAAAGAGCAUACCGAGGAAUAUCGUUUCGUAACCAACUAUGACGACCUGUCCGACCUCAUUGAUGCAACAUGCUGGUCGUUCUUAGCCGAAUUGACCACUGAGGUGGCCUGCAGAGAAUUCGUCAAUAUAUGUAACAAGCUCGUGGCAAGCACAUCUGAAACCAAACCCUACCGGCCUAAAAGGAUGAAGUAUUUCGUAAGGAGCAGGACAUGUAAAUGCAUGGCAUUAAGGGAUUUGGCAUGGCGCACCUACACAGCUUCCCCGAACGACGAUUCCUGGGAUGUCUACACAACACAAAGGAACCACUGUGUCAAGCUUGUCGGGGAGGAUAAACUGAAGAAGCAACAAGGUCUAGUGGAAAAGUUUUGCUACAAUCCCAAACUGCUAUACAGACACGUAAACAAUUUGCGCCGUAUAAAGCGCGGUAGUCCUGCUCUGCACACAGCAUGCGGGUUAGCCCAAACCGCACAAGAGGCGGCCAACAUUCUUGGACAACAAUUUGGCCGUACCUUCCAAAGCGUGUAA